CAGGUAGUCAAAAAGUAGACGAAAAGAAAAGUGAUCCUCUAAAAGUUUCAAACAAGAAAGUACUCAAAGUAUUAACAUAAGUGCAACAUCAUAUUAUUAAGAUGAAGGGUCAGUACCAGUUGUUGCCUCUUUUGAUGAACCCUGCGGCAUUGCUAUAGGAAUGAAGCCUGGACGACUAAUUUUAAAUGGAGUUGCCAACGUUGAAACAAUUUGACAAUUGAUUUUAAUUCCGGAUGGACUUUAAAAUUCGUCAAUUAUCAAUAACUUUAAUACAAUAUACAUUAAUACACAUCAGUGAGUUGAUGCGCCGGUUUUUGAGCACCCGGUAUUCUUUUAUUUUUGAACCAUAUUAUUGAUUUCCUCGUUGCUUCCCAACCACCUAACAAACGUCCCAGUGACAAACACGUGCGCUUCCCUUCUACCCCUUUCACUCAAAAAUCGCGUCCAAACCAGCCCGGGCUGUUGAAACUCCCUCGAUGUAAACCGCCCCAAACGCAAAAUGGGGGGCUCCAGUAAAAGCUCCAGCACCGACAGUAGCAACCCCCGCCACCAAGUCCAAUUCGGCAUCACUCGCGACGAAAGCGAGGAAAGCGUCGAAUUGGACUUACCAUCCGAACAUUCGGAAACCGAAAUUGAAAACGUCAACGAGCGCCUCCGCCACCAAACGCAUCUACCUGACGAUGACUUCCAAAUUAAAAAUUUGAGCCGAGUUUUGGCCGUCGUGACCACAGUCAUGCUCCAAAUGUGUUACCAAAAAAUCGCUUUUUUCCGAACGAUGAAUAAAAUGCCCAGAGUGCCCAUAAAUCUCGAAUAUGUGCCACUGGACGAGAAAUACAACAAUGCGGAGCGCGAGAUUGGGGUUAUUUUACACCCGAGUGAGGAGUUUCUCAAUUACAGAAAGUUUCAAAAGGAUUUGUCGUGGCUUGAGAAUGUCUUAAAAUCGGUUAUUAUUGAUUUGCAAAAAAGUUUCUAUUUCGAUGAUUUUAUCAAAAUUUUGAACGAGGACGAGAUGACCCGGCAGGAGGAGCAAACAUUGCUCACCUCGAAGAUGUUUAAUCUUCAUGAAGUGAAGAAGUUGAGGACGUAUCUCGAUUUAGAGAAGAAAGAACUUACCAGAGAAUUGCAAGAUGUUACUGAAGAGUUGGGCAAUUUUAAAGACCAAUUAAACGACGACAUUAUUGAAAGCGUAGUUAAACUAAAUUACGUAAAAGAGUGGCAAAAAUCGCGAGGAGAGCAAAACUCAAGUAUUCUAAAUCGCCAAGAACAGAAACUUAUCAAAAUGUCUGAAAAUAUGACUACAGAAAUUGAGAAAGAAAUUGUCAUUCAUGACGAAAUGUGCACUUUCCUGGAAAUGUCUCUCGACGAAUUUCAGGAAGAAAUCACCAAAUGGAUGGAAAAGUAUGACAUGGAUAUGGAAGAACUGGAAAAGGCGGUCGAAAAGAAGAAAAUCGAAUUGGAACAGCAGAAGGACAAUUACUCAAAAUUACUAGAAGAGUUCAAUUAUCGCCAAGAAGAGAUGGACAAAUACAAAGCCCACAAACUCCAAAUGCAAAAAGAGGCCGAGGAGAUCCAACGGCAGACCCGAGCAGCGACCCGGAUCCAGGCCUGGUGGCGCGGCGUAAUGUUCCGCAAAGGCCUAGGCCCCUUCAAACGCAAAAAAGGGAAAGGGAAGAAAGGAAGUGGAUCGGCAAAAAAACACAAAAAAUAAACUUCUAAAACUAUAA